AUGACGGAUUUCUUCGAGGCCCAGGAGAAUGCGCGUAGGGCUGGAACCAGGCUUUCAGAAUACAUCACGAUAUUCGACGAAGGUGUGACGAAGCUUUCCGAGGAUGGCGUGGAGCUCGCGGACGAUGCUGAUAUUCUUGGUUGGUUCUUUGUGCGGCGGCUAAAUAUUACGAGAGCGCAUCGCGGUAGACUCAUGGCAGCGUUGCCGCGCGAGACAUUCCAGUUGCGAGAAGCGCAGACGACGGCGAUGCGGAUCUAUCAGGAUAAUCAUAUCAAUGAGCGCGGUCACCCACGGCAGCGGCGACCCUUCGAGCAGAAGAAGCCCCGACAAGGUGGCAAGGGGCGGCCACCACCUAAGGCAGUCAACGUGACGGAGUACGAAGAUGACGAGGGCCUCGAGGAGGACGAGGCCGACGACGACUGCAUCGAGGAGCUCGCGCAGCGCGAGCUGGAGGCGUUGGCCACCGACCUCGGCGACAUCAACGAGGAGGAGCUGGACCACGACCAGGCCGAAGCGGUCGAGAAGGCGGCGGCCCAGCUCACGGAGUUGCCCGAGGGCGCAGUCGAUUCGGCAUGCGCCUGGAGCGCGAUGGGCACUCUGUGGUGGAACGACUACUGCGCGCACCUGAAGUCACUAGGCGUCGACAAGCUCGCGACCUUCAAGUCCGCGCACGAGACCUUCAAAUUCGGAGAUGGCAGUGCGAAUGAUUCAGAUACUCAGGUGAGGUCCCUGGUGGCGGCAGCGAAGGUACCGCACUUCAUCCAGGAUCGGUCUACUGGACACUGCGUGCUGGACUUGAACCCCGAAGCCUACCACGUGCUGCGCAGCCACUCUAGGGACAAGAAUGUUACCGACGAGUUGCCCAGGAGGCUCCGACCGAGGACGGCAGGUGGCAAGACGGCGUCGAGGAUCAUGGCACUCGUGCGUGGAGCUCAGGCGGCCGCCUCGACCAAUGGCCAAGGGCUCGGCCCGGCCGCGGAAGCAGUCAAGGAGGUCGCCAGUGUCAGCCAGACCCAGAACCUAAAGAAAGUAACGUUUCAUGACAGGCCUCCUGGAGGCCAUGAUUGCAAUAUCUGUGCGAACCCAGCUACUUUCACUUGCUCAUGUGGCAUCGGUACGUGUGUGGGCUGUGAGCGGCAGGGUCUGUGCCCUGGCUGCAAGUAUGACGUGGACAUGGUUGGCCUCGCUGAGGGGAACUACGCGAACCUCGUCCAGAACGCCAGCUGGCGGUUCAUAACGCGGGGUCAGCAGGAGCAGAACCUUGCCGGGAUCACCAAGGCCAAGACGCUGCAUGACCACAACGUGAGCACGAACAAGGUGAAGCAGCUGAUCCAGCUGGAGCAAGCAGACCAAGCACAUGGGCAGGCAGUUGCAGCUAUUAGACGAGGGCGCCCAUGGAGCUAUACCCUGUUCGAGCUGGCGCGCGAGCCCAAUACUUUGCUAGGGAGAGAACUCAAUGCUGCUGGGGGCAUGAUCGAGCCUUACGGGCACAUCUCCCAGAGUGCGAUCUGCGCAGGAAGAAAAGCGUCGAAGGCAUACUCGUGA